UUCAUAUUGUUAUGACGUGUUAAUUUGAUUUUCGAUAAUUCAAAUGCAAAUAAACAAAUAUUCUUAAUUUUAGAAACUAAAUAUUUUUUUAAAAAAAAAGGAAAUGGCAUUUUCACUCUGGAACUUAUUUGAAGCAACAAUUUUAUGUCUUAAUGCUAUAUGUGUCUUAAAUGAAGAUCGGUUCUUAAGUAAAAUUGGUUGGGGAUACCGAAAUUCAAAUGUGCAAGGCUUUGGAGAAAAUCCUUCUGCAAAAUCACAAAUAUUUACUUUAUUACAUUCUAUUCGGACAGUUGCUCGAGUGCCCCUUAUAUUGCUGAAUGUUUUAACUAUAGGUCUAAAAUUAAUACUUGGAUGAUUAAAGGACAUGUUUCAUUUUAACAUAUAAGUGUGGUUACUCCAAUAAGAAAAAAAUAGCUUAUAGUUAAAUGAUUUGUUAAGAUGAUAAGGUUUUCUUUAAUUUUGUAUAAUGUCUUAUAAUAUUACUCAUCUAAUUGUAAAAUUAUUAAAUUAAAAUAAAUAUAAUUGUUAUUACCAAAA